AUGCCUCCCAAGAAGCGGGCAUCCGGCGGUGGUGGCGGGACUGCCGGGAAGAAGGCCAAGGGAUCCGACCUACCUGGGAUUCCACCUGAUGCCCAGAAGAUGGCUCACAUGGCUCUCUUUGACCGAUGGCUGUCGGAGAAUGUUUUGGAGAAAGACCAUAGCCUGGACUCCUUCCUAACCGAGAAGCUAGAGACCGAGGAUGUGCAGCGUCAAGUGGCCCAGCUUAUCAUGUUGAAUGGAAUGGUCACCGAUGCCAAUCAACCAGGGGUUGAGAAGUUAGUUGCAACAUUUCUUGUCCCUUCCUGGCUACUUUCCCCAGCUCUGGACAUUGACAUGGAGCAUGGUGGAGCCUACUUGGGUCCCCAAAAGAUCUUUCUGGUCAAAGGAUGGACACGGGCAGUUUGCUGCUUGACCGUUGCCUAUGCCCUCAUGGAUUGCCCCGAACUCCUUCAGGCGACACCUGACGAGGUCAAGAAGUGGCCCGGCGCAUAUGAGAAUGUGUCUACCUUCGCAGCUGCUUACAAUGUCGGGAAGGUGGAAAGCAAAGCGGCCAUCAAUUUACUUCGGCAUGUUCCGUCCUCUGUGAAGUCUGCCCUUACAGCCCUGGUGAGGCGAUUUACCAUGCCGAAGUUCAUAACGCAUGAGCCCUUGGCCCUGGAACUCUUGAACACAGGACAUCAGACAGCUUCAGGAACACUGCAGCCGUGGACCAGGGUGUUGACAAACACAGAACCGCUGUUGCACUUGAUGAUUUCACGCAUGGAGUCGGACUACACAGCUUUGAAACCACAAAUGCGAAAGCCGUGGACUGGCAGCAGUGUUGAAGCCUUGCAGCGGGUGUGUGGAGCCUUCCUGUGCGCAGUGGAGGCAUAUCAAGCUCUUGUUCCCAAAGCGUUUUGUGACAAAACGCUGCCAGACAUCAAGAAGGCGCUCUCGGCACAGUUGCUUCAGACAACAUGGAACCAGAUGGAAUUGCAGUUCCAGUCGGAUGUGAUGAAGAUGCGUGAGUGGGCCCUGAAAUUCGAACUCUUCAGUAAGCAGCAGGCAGCCAUGGACUUCAAGUUCCUGAACGAGCGAUACUUGAAGGGGAAGGAGACGGUUCAGAAGUUUCUCACAGGCAACCACAAGAUGAUUUGCAAUGACAACUUGGUGCUAGGGCAUGGAACCAUAGUCGAGAUGCAGGCAGCCAUGGGCCAGAAUGGGCUCACGAUCCUGAUUGUGGAUGCGACCCUUUGGCCACAACGUCAGCUGUCGAUUGAUGAAGCCAUCUCAGUAUGUCAGAGCGUAUCUUCUGGAAAUCAACGAACCCUGUGCUGGUUCAUGCUCCCCCAGUGGCACAGCUCAACCAGCAAGACCACCGUAGUGAAGAAUCGGAGACUGCUGGAGGACAAAGUGCUUGGGGUUAUGGACGUGUAUGAGGUGGCAGUCAACUUUGCUGAUUCGGCACACCAAGGCAUGGCGAGUAUGGUUGCAGUGCACGGUUCCCCUUUGUGGUCAAGGUCAAAAGCACUUCUUGGAAGUAUCAGCAACAUCGAGCGCAGCAGGGUGAAUGAGUUACAGAACCCUGAGCCGGAGAAACCCCUUGCUCCCCACUGGAGGGUCCAACAGCGUGGAGUCGCAGCAACAAAGAACAUUCUGCUCCAACUCUUGGAUGGAAUGGGAUCGGGAUCGCCCUAUGAACCACUUUUGGUGGUAGACUUGUUGCCAUCGAGGUUUUCUGAAUGGAGCAGCGCCUGUUGGGAACUCCAAAGGGAGAAGCUCCUGUCAGAGUCUUCUGAGGGGCAGACUUGGGAUAUCCGCUUUCUUGGCCUUUUCCACAGCGAUGAUUCCAAGGUGAUGACCACCUGCCAGGAGACUUUGGUGGGCCGAGCAAUGUCUCAGUGGUGGGAUGUAUGUCCCGAGGCUGGAUCGAGGUCCCGUCCCAAUACCAAUUUCCAGGAAGAGAUGCCCCAGUUGGAGGUUUUGACAGUGUCUGAAGAAGGUGUCCUUCAGAUCCCAGAGCUUGUCGCCCAGAAGUAUGCUCCCAGUCAUGCAGAACCCUUGAAUCUUUUGAAGGAGAAGAUUGACGACGAGAUGACAAUUGCCGCUGCUUUGAAAUCCUACAAUGGGGUUUCCAACACAACAUCUUCGGGAAGUGGCACUGCAAACGCAAUGGCCCCUGCCAGGACUGCUGCAUCCCCAGAUUGGGGCAACGAGCCCCCUUUGAAUUUCAGGAAACGGAUUCAGGUGAACUCAAUUUCAAUCAGCGACUUUGACAGUGGACAUACGGUGGAUGCUGCAGCUCCUUUGUCGAGAGAGCCACAGAUUACAGUUGCAGUGACAAGUGCGGGAAACCUAUGGUUGCUGAACCGCACCUCCAAUCAUGUGGAUCUGGGCCAUGGUGAGCUCUUUGGAUUCAACACCGGGAGCUAUGUUGAGAUUCCCUCAGACACUGUCGCCACCGUCACCGACUUCCUGCCUUGGUGUCUGCGAGACGAUCGGACCUUGGUCGCUUUUUGCAAGGGGGAUACCAAAGAGGUUGUCAGCCUUGCGGAGGUCAUGUGCAUGAUCACCCGAGAGCGUGGCAUUACCGAGUGCCGCGUGAUUGACCACGAGCUGGACAACAAAAUCAAGGCCCGAAAAUCAUCGAAAAUCUAA